AUGAAUCGCACCCUCUUAAAUGGGGUUCGAGUGAUUGAGUUGGCCGGACUCGCUCCUGUGCCACAUUGUGGAAUGGUAUUGGCCGAUUUCGGCGCCAAUGUUACCGUCAUUGAAAAGCCUAGCCGUGAUGAUGACAUACCCAUGGAGCAACGCAUGGCAGAGAGGAAAACACUGCAAGGACUUGAUCUGAAAUCACCACAGGACGUUGAGAAGUUGAAACAGCUUUGUCGAACUAGCGACGUGCUUCUCGACCCCUACCGUCCAGGAGUUCUGGAACAAAUUGGUCUUGAUCCAGUCAAACUACUCGAGGUACAAUUUUGA